AUACUGAAGGAAAGAAAACAUGAGCUAAGAAUGUUCUAUCCAGCUAAAGUGACUAAGUAUAAACAUGGGAUUCUCUCUUGUCACCGCCAUGGAAGGAAUGCUUUUCACCCUCUGCCAUGAUUCUGAGGCCUCCCCAGCCAAGUGGAACUACAUGUGCAUUGCCAUUGCGAUUUCUCUUCUCAUGAUUCUGAUAUGUGCUAUGGCUGCUUAUGGAGUAUACAAGCAACACGCAGCCUGGAUUAUCCCAUUCUUCUGUUACCAGAUCUUUGAUUUUGCCCUGAACACCUUGGUUGCAUUCACUGUGCUUGUUUAUCCAAACUCCAUUCAGGAAUACAUACAACUGCAUCCUAAUUUUCCCUACAGAGAUGAUGUCAUGUCAGUGAAUCCUACCUGUUUGGUCCUUAUUAUUCUUCUGUUUAUUAGCAUUAUCUUGACUUUUAAGGGUUACUUGAUUAGCUGUGUUUGGAACUGCUACGAAUACGUUAAUGGCAGGAACUCCUCCGAUGUCCUGGUUUACGUUACAAGCAAUGACAAUACAGUACUGCUACCCCUGUAUGAUGAUGCCACUGUGAAUGGUGCUGCCAAGGAGGCGCCGCCACCUUACGUGUCUGCCUAAGUGGAGCUGAGGGCAGUGGCUUGACUUUUUUGACAUCUGAGCAAUGGUUCUGUUAUUUCACUUUUGCGAUGAGCUCUCUGAGCUUGUUUGUUGCUGAAAUGCUACUUUUAAAAAUUUAGAUGUUAGGUUGAAGCCUGUACUUUUCAGUAUAUGCUUUACUAGAACACUGUGAUAGAUGAGCUGUAGAAUUCUUUCUGUAGGAUUCGGGGUGUAAUGGGCUUCACUAACCUUCCCUAGGCACUAAAACUUCCCCCAAAUCUGAUGGACCCAGAGUCAGAGAAGUUUGCUUUUGUACCUGCUGGGCUCCAAAGUUAGGCAGGUAGUCACACUUUUUCUCUCUACUCACUCUAUUUUGAAAGUGUAAAAUAAAACCAAAAGUAGACAA